CAGAGGCAGCUAACCUGCAAAUCUGAUAUCAUCUAUUUCCAACCUAAAUUUCUACCUUUAUUUAUAUCUAUAUUUUCUGUAUUCAUUUUCAUAAUUAGUCAUUGGAAUAUAUCAUAAAGUUUGAGGCUUUGAUUGACCAAGGAGUGUAGGUAUGAAAAAGGAAAGAUGAAGGCUUUAUCAGAUCAAUAGCAGAUAGCAUAAAGAUUUUCCAUAGAUUGAUAAUUUUGUCAUCCAUCAAUCUAUGGCUACUUCGGUGAAGAUCAAGACAGGAACCCAAGAUGGUUCUUCAAAGGGAAAGAUUGGCUUUUCUGUCACUAAAAACAAGAUUGGGAGCUCAUCAACCAAGCCUGGAGCUGAUUCCAAGCUCAAAUCUGUUCAAACUGUCACAAAAACUGAGGUGAAAUCAAAAGUGACAACAAAGAAGACGACUACGACGAGAGUGAAGAAGGUGUUCAGUUUGGCUGGACAGAAAUAUGAUCCUCCCGAAGAGAGAGAACCUUUGAGGAUUUUCUACGAGUCAUUGUCGCAACAGAUACCAAGUAGUGAAAUGGCUGAAUUCUGGAUGAUGGAGCAUGGCUUGUUGUCCCCUGAAAGAUCCAGAAAAGCUUUUGAGAAGAAGCAGAGAAAGCAAAAGCAAAUCAGGUCGGGAAUUCCUAUCAAGACUCCUCCAGUUAAGUCUCCUCCAAUCAAGUCUCCCCCACUUAGGUCCCCUCCACCAAAACCAGUUUCGAAACCACCAAGUAAACCAGAGAGUUCACAGAGGCAACAGCACACAUCUAAGAAUGGUGAUGUCAAAGUCAAGAAGAGAGUUGCUGAUGAGAGUGACGAUGACGACGACUUCAUUUUAGAUCCAAAGAGAAGGAGAGGGUAAGUAGAAGUGAAAGAAUCCCUCAUCCUGUGUCAUUACUGUGUAUCAGUGUACUUUUAGAAAUUGCUUAUUUAGAUUUCUUCAUAUUCAACUCCGGAAAAAAACAAAGAUGGGAGAUGUUGGACAGAUUAAUAAACAAUCUGAUAGAGAAAGACAUUAUUUAUAGUGUACUCCUGUAACUUGAGGAAACAUUAAGCUAAGCUCGUCAUUUAAUUUCUGUUUCGUUUCCUCAA